AUGUAUGUGGCUCAUGUUGUGCCUUUCAAGAAACUAUGCUCCUUGUUAUUGUGUGAUCUUAUUCAGAGAUGGCUUUAUUUUUAUGCCAGGCUGGAGUACCUCACUGCCCGUAAUACAUUAUUUGUGCAUCUGGUUGUGUGGGAUUGUUGCUAUGACAAAACGUCCUUCACUUUCUUUCUGGAGAAUGCUUUUCUGGCCAGUCCCUAUCUUGAGCACAUCAUUAUGGUGGUGCCACCAAAUACUACUACAAGUGAUAUAUUUGAUGAGCAUUUUGUACGCAUAUAUCCUCUUUCCUGUGAGGGUGAAAAGCAAAGAACACAGUGGCUGUUCUUGAGCACGAGGCAAAAGCAUGUUCCAAAACUGAAUAUUCGUCUUGCAAUGGAAGAUGACAAUGAUGAUUUAAUGGAAAUUUUUAAUGAUAUUGAAUUUAUACAUGAUACGUAUGGAGAAUAUUAUUUUGCUGAGUUAUGUAAUCAAGAUGAUGAUAAGAGUUUUUUGAUUGUUGCUGAGGUCAGUAUUUACAAAAUAAAUAUUGAUAGAUUAUUAUAG